AUGGAGCUAAAGCUAGACGUUGUCUUGUCGUCCAGCAUCAAACGAAAGAAGCCAUGGCCACGAUUCUGCUGGCUUGGACAGGAGAAGGAGUCUGUAUUCCUCUUCGAUGACAAACGGAUUAGCAAGAUCAACAUUGUGUCGGGUCGCACCAAGAAAAAGACCCCUGAACUCCAUCCUUUGCUCAAUAAAGUGGUGACGAUGGCUCCGUCCCGCAACGGUAUGUGGUUCUGUGGACUUCUAACCUCGGGUGAGCUAUUUUUAUGGAACACGGACAAAGACUUGUUGCGGACCGCUGCAGCAGUCCCUGAAGUCAUUCAGAUGAUUACUAGUACUAAAGGAAAAGCUGCACGGCUGUCCGUCCACGUGUCAGGUGAAGGGACGCGCAUCCUUUUGGUCAACACAUUCGGGCAAGUGUUCCUGUGGGAAUGUAUAGACAUCGAGGAUUUGAUUUUAGCACGUGACGGCAUAGUAAAUGGACGAUGGUCGCAAAUACAGCCGCCACAAGACAAUCCUCUGCCCACUUUGAAGGACAAAGAAGCAACCCAGUGCAAUGUCUUUGUGGAGAGCCAGGUAACAGGUGAUAUCUGCUUAUCGGCAUUUGUAUUCACAUCUGGGAAGAAGCUAAUCAUCACCUGCCUCAAAAUUCAGUGGCUCGAUGACCAUGUUAGGUUUGGCUCUUUGGGAUACAGCAUACAAUGGGCCACCAAAACGUACCCCUUAUCACGUCUCACUCCACCCUGCCAAGCGGUCAAGUCCAGAGGGGCGCUGGUGGUCGACUUCUCUCCUGACGGACAACUGCUAGCUGUCGUCCUGAACCAGCGGCAGCCCAAGGCUACACAGGUUCUCUAUGUGAGCACACAGAAUUUUGUCACUGUACCGACUGGUCUUGAAAGAUGCGGGUGUAAAACGAAAGACAUUCCUUCUAAACACACAAGGUCAUUUUGGGUAGGUAGCAUAUGCUGGUCACACGAUGGGCUUUUCCUAGCCUGUGUUCUGAAGAGAGGCGCUCUUCUUAUCCUGGCUCGUGUCGGAGGGCUCCUCACGCUGACCAGCUCUGGUUGCCAAACCGACUUUGGACCCACAAACUUCCUCCCCCUUCACCCACUUGUCACUUACCGACCUCCAACAGGGACAACAGAGAGUCAGUUGUCCAGCUCCAGCCUGUCAGCAAGGGAUGAGAUGAGACAGCGCUAUUCGGUCACGUGGCACCCGCGUCUGUUGCACUGCAUUGUAUCUGACGGCUACAUGGCCACUGUACUGAGGGUCCUCAACAGGCCUUCUCCUGCCAUGCUGGUGAAAGCUCUUCUGAAUAAAACCGGCAAAGACCUUCAGAAGGCCUGCCAGCUUCUAGAUACGUCACAGUCCUUUCUUGAAGAUGAGUCCAAUAUAGACGGCCCACAUCCUGGUUCACAGCUGUCAGACAGUGAACGCUUGGAGUUUGCCUCUUUGUUCGACACUCUCCAUACUUUGGACACAGAGACCAACUUCAACCGAGACUACGAAUAUGAAUUUGAGAGGGCCGAGCAUCGUUUUCGUCAGGAACUUGGGAAGAUCCAGAACAGGCUUUUGACCGUAUGGGCUCUUUGCAUGUCCCUGGGAGCCGCAGUGGAAAACCGAGCUCACCUGCUCCAGAACACCGUUUUCCGUGUGGUGCAGCUGGCUGCUUUGUUCCACAUGAUGUCAAGCCGUGCUGCCCAGUCUGGAAAAAGCAUCUCCUCCAAUUCUCAUUGCAUUAUGGAGUUUCUCAAAAGACUAUUUUCAUUCCUCCCAUGGGUCAACGCUCACUCGGGUGGUCCUACUGGCCUAGGGCUGGCAGUGGACCUCAGUAAGCGUCUGGUCCACCAGCUGCUAGCUCCUUCACCAGAGUCCUAUCCAUCAGCUUGUCUGGACAGACUAUCCGGAGCUGUGCUCAUCCUUCAGCUGGCCUCCGAAAUCCUUGAUUGCACCUACAGCCUACAACGGAAAACCGUCUGGUCCUCAGCAGAGAAGGACCCUCAGCUUUUGACCUCAGAUGAAUACCAUGUGCCACUACUCCAGGAUUAUGGGGAAAACCAAUCAGUUUUGUUUCAUCAGGGUCCUCUCCUACCCCAGCGACCAUCUACCAGACUAUUUGGAGUGUGGCAGUGGGUCUAUAAGGUCAGCCUGCAAUACAAGGAAAAUAAUAAAGGCUUAAAGGAGAACGAUGACUUGAAGGAAGGAGAUGAGGAGCGUUUGUCAGUCAGAAUCUCAGACAUUCAAUCAGCUCUACAGGCGUCAGGAGAGAAACUCGGGGAUGGUCCGACACUACUUAGUCACAAGGGUGAAGAACGUUUCCUUUGCGGCAUGUACCAAGACAGCACUGAGACAUGGCGAACCCAAAUUUGGGAAGAGUGUAAAAAAAGUUGUCAUCGUAAUGUCUUCCAGGAGACGAGACUUUGUCUGGCUCUCCUUUACGGCCUUUUGUCCCAGUACCAUCUGAGAGAAGCAGUGGAACUAGGAGAACACAUGACCCACUUGGUUCUACACAAUGCUGAACAUCAUAAUAAUCCCAUGAUUUGCACGCUAGCUGACCCUCUUCUGCCGACAAACCUUCACAGCGACGCAGUUAUCGCUGUCAUUCAGACUCUGGCGAGGUUCAUGGCUUCCUAUUUCACCAAUCAACCUCUCAACAUCCUGCCUGCACACCACGUGGCCGUCCUACCUCCAUUACAUCUACCUCACGCCUCAAAUGUGGGACGCCUGGUCCCAUUGUGCCAGAAGGCAGCAGCUCGGGCGAUUCGACAGCAGAACAUGUCGGAGAAGUGGACCGUGAAUUACACCGUGGACCUGCUCCUGCUCGGAGGUCUGCUCCCUGAGACAGUAUACCUGGCGUCCAAACUUGGGGACUGGAAGACUGCAGCAUCCGUCAGCCUCGCUUACUUGUACUACUGCGACGACCACUUGGACUUCACUCAGAUCAAAAGAAAAGAGUUUCACCUUCCGAGGGCUUUAUUCCCAAAAAGCAUUUUUCAGGCGGAGUUGCAGAGUCUUCUGGAUAAUGACAAGGACGAGUACAAAGAUGCCAAUGAUAAAAGAUUUACAGACCCUGUGGAAGGCCAAGACUUGGAUACAUGGCAUGGUUCUGCUCAAGAGAUCCUAAAAGCAUCUGUAAUAGCAGGUGUGGACAUUUUAACUUCACCUUUGACUUCCUUAUUGGAUUCAGCCAAAGACCUGUGCUCUGGACUCUCUGCUUUGGUGCACAGUGGACUUUAUUUGCCAUCCCCGCCUCUGUAUUGUCCUCAACCCUCCCCUAACACGCAGGAUCCUGUGGGCACAGAAGGACAGCUUGCAGAAGUGACAAUACGCAGCAAAGUGUCAAGGGUACUCCAGAGGAUUCUUCUCCUACUCAACUCUGCUCGUUGUUGCUACUCUUCUGCUCAGUGGUACGUCAGCAACCUGCGGCGGGCCCGCCACCUACUACACAAGAUCAAGACAAGAUACCCCUACCCAUCAUUCCACAAAAAGGAAAAGGGUCUCCCAGAGAACCUGAUGAAGUUUGUCAGCCGUGGUGGAUUCUUCAGACAAGGCCAUAACAAAAAUCUGGAGACUGAUUGCAUUCAAACAAUUAUCUGUUUCAGAGAGCUGUGUGGUUUAUGCUGGAUGCUUCAUGUCAGGGAUCAGUUUUCUAUUGCCUGCAGGAAAUAUCAGGCUGCCAGAAUUCAAAAGGUUCGUGAUAAUUCACAAGUACAUUCAACUUGCAUUGAUGCUCUUCUCUGGGCGCGCCGCUAUUUGCCUUUCUCUCACUUCCUGAAUGCCGAGGAAAUUGUGCAGGACCUCCUACUCAGCCUGUUGGCCGAAAUGCCACCGUCUGCUUUGGUGGCAGACACGCUAGUACUUGCCUUCCCUGAGGAGGAGAAGUCUGUCAGAGUCUCCCUCAGGGAGAAAUAUAACUCACUACUGCAGAACCUGAGGCAAUUGAGCGUUGUCGAGGAGGAUGACAAAGAGCCAGUCGGGAAGACCAUGAAGUGUCUGAUCCAGGAGAAACUUAGGCACAGGAGAAAGCACCUGGGACGAUUGUUAAGGCACUUGGCCCCCACGGAGCUCCGUAUUUGGGAGAAACAUGAUGAUGAGGAUGACAAACACGGGGCGGAUGCGAGUGUGAGCGCCUUCAAUUUAACUGACUGCUCUGAUGGAAAAAGUACAGAGAAUCUGACAUCUGUGUCCGUCUCACCUGACCCUCACAUCCCAUCCAUACCCAGAGAAGUGAACACUAAUGCAACAAGAACUGCAAUUCUGAAUAAGAAGGCAACUGACAAUGUAACGCUUCCCUCCCUUCCAAUCAUUGGCACCUGGGAGUUUGAGCUGGAGGAUGACGAGUAUCUCGCCUUCCUCGAGUUAUUCCUAAGCUACAUGCUGGAAAAGGAUAUCAGUGAAGUGAGCGAGCCUCCCCUGCUAAAGUCCUUUUGCUCUACUCUGCGCGAGAGGGAGCUGCACUCACUCACUUUCGACGUGCUCACCACGAUGCACCGUCGCCAAAAAGAUGGUCACCACCCAGCAAGGAAACACUGCACCGACGAGCUCCCCGUUUUUCGAGCCGGAUGCUGCCGCCGGCUCGUGAAGCGCGGUAUGACCCCCGAGUCGCAAACUUCAGCGGUCUGGAAUGAUGCUUGUGAGUCUAGAAGCAACCUUUCUGGGUUCGGUCUGACGGACAUUAUGACAGGGAGGGAAACGGGUUUAUUUAGCCUCCGACAUAAAAAAGCAGGCUCUGGUUCAUACAGUAAUCAAAGUGCCUUGGCGUUUGGCUCAUCGACCAUCACGGAAGGCAUUGUAGAACUUCAACAGGUCCUGGAUCCUAAAUUAGAGGCGCACUUCCCAGUGCUCGGCCGGCUGCUGGAGUGGAUGUUGCGCUGGGCCGACAAGAGGGUGCUCUUUGGACAUACUGGCAAGAAGAAAAAGCCAAAGACGGAAGAAUCAUGCCAGGACGGGAUUGUCAUUCGCGUCAAAACCUCUGCGCCAGCGCUGCUCACUUCGCUGAGCCUGCUGGAGAGCAGGUUUAUGCAUCUUCAGCCAGGCUCCUUGAAAGCACAACAGACUGAUGCCCCAAUGCUGCAAUAUGAGGCGGAGAAGAAGCUGGAAAAAGAGAGCAGUGUUGAUACCGGCUACCCUGUAUCAACUAACAAUCUCAUGGCUAGUUAUGAUGAUGUAAUACAGCAAGGAAAAGAGUCCAUUUGUCCUCACACAGAUGAACCAGAGGAACUUAAGUCUCAAAGGACUCCUCUCCCUGACAACCAAAAAGAACUCCCUUUAAGCGCUUCGAUACCAAGUGCUACUUCACAGCGACCAUGUUUUGAUGAUUUGGAUAUCACUCCAGAAAAAGAAGGCAAAAGCAGCGAUGAGCACACAGAGCAGUUGUCCUCUCUUUCCAACGGGAUUCUGUCAGAAAACCUUUGCUCCCCUCAAGCGGUCAAUAUCAAGCCUUCAUUGUGGCUAUUCUCAAUCAGUACAGUUUUUAUGUACAGUAUGGGUGUCUUGUCUUCUCCCCCCACCCAGAGUUUAAAGCUUGAAGAGCUGAUAGACAUGUCCAGCUCCACAUCCCUUCGCGCCAGAAGCCAUCCAGUGACCGUGGCACAGAGUGGUUCAAUCCCUCAAACUGCACCUUCUGUCCAGCCUGAGGAGUCGGUUAACACAGCGGGGCCCCAUACUAGAGCAUGGCCGUACUCCAACACAUCAUUAGACCAUACAGGUUUUCAGCCUCAAACAUCUACAGCAAGCGCACCUGCCCCAGACCCCUUUGGCCUAGGCCAAUCAUCCUCCCUUCAGGCUCCGCCAAUGAGACAGCGUCUGGGUGAAGAUUUAUACAGACUGGUCCAGAACAUAAACUACAUGAGCCUGAUGGAUGUUUUGGGAGUUUCAUUUUCCAACCUGCAACUUGCCCAGCAGAAUUCGUAUUUAUCUCAAGCCAAUGUGAACCCCUCACAUCCUCCUGUGCCACCAUCUUAUAUGUCAAGCGUGCCACCUCCACAUAAUCCUCAACCUGUACACGGCCCUGCAGUAUCUCAAUUACAAAUACAUGUGCCAGACCCACAACCGAACAACACGCAAUCUAUACCAGCAUCUGCACCCGCGUAUGCCUGCCAGAAUCCCAGACACAGCCCGCACGAACAAGAUCAUGUCAGCAAUUUUCCCUUUGUUACUCAUGACGCAGAAGGAAUAUAUCAGCAAUUUCGACCCCUCUCUGUUCAAGCGGGACCAUCAGACGUUUAUUUGCCGGAGCAUACGAGUUUAACGCCAUCCGGUGAAGGGCUUCUGAUCACCGCCAAUACUAAUAGGACAGCGCCCUCUCAUGGUAAUAUUAAUAUAAACACAUCCUCUCAAGCCUCGGGCCUCAAGUUACUCCAGCUGGAUAGCAUUAGAAAGAGAAACAAGCAAAGGACGAGAGGCGUGCCUUUGGCACAGAAAAGACACCUUAGGUUUGGCCACGGAACUCCCACUGAGUCCUCUACAAGGAGUUCUCGUCACAAUAAUCCCACUUCCGGGGCGACACGUGACCUUCGUCUGCUACAUGUUCAUCCUGGCAUACAACAAUAUAUCAACCUCCCCAAACUACCUUCACCAAUUCCUCCUUCCAAGCCUUUCCUUGUCCCCUCAGUGCCACCGAACGAACAACCUAAACUCCAGCUUUUAUGUUUAAACUCCAAACUGAAAAAGAUGUCCAUCCCAGCACAUCAAGCAUCCCAAAAGGCUCGCCUCAUCUCCCUUGAGGAGUUGGCAGGUUUGGUGGCAGUGAGGCGUAACAACGAGGAAGCUCGGCUACAACUGCUCAGAGUCAACGACUCUGCAGAAACACACCGAGGCACUACGUUUUCCUCCAGCAAGAGGCAGAAGAGGAGAGAAGGGAAACUGAGUGCAAAGCUGCCAAAUGAGUCCAUCGACACAAUAAAAAAGCCACAAGAGGACUCCGAGGAAAUCAUCCCCACAAAAGAAUCUGACAUUCAACAAACCAUUCCAAGAUCCUCUGGAUCUAGUCCCCCUGUGUUGACUGGUCACGCGUUACUAGACAAGGUGAGAACGACUUCAGCUGAGCUCCAUGCCUUCGCUGCCACGUUUAAAAGACCUCCGGAGUGCUACGAUGCUUUCACCAACACGGAGCAAGAAUGUUCUCCCAUUCUUGUGGACAAAGCAAUGACUGCCACACAGUCAGAGUCACCCACUACUUCUCCAGACAAAAUGGAAGAACGCCCAACUGAGAAAAUGUACAGUCCUUCUCCAUAUGCAGAUAUCACUCCAUCACAAGAAAAAAUGAAUUUGGAUAAGCGUGGCCGCAACUUCUUGAGUGUCCUGGACAUCGAGGAAGGGAUGUCGCAUUGGGAUUCGCCUCCUGCCAGUUCUGGAAACAAAGAAGCUUCCCCAAUCCCUCCUGUACUCACACCUGCUCAGCUUCACGUGCUUGCCACCUCCCUCAUAAAGAGUGCUCACCCUGCCAAUGACAAAAAUCCUAAAACCGUCUAUCAAACAGAAAUUCAAAUGGGUAUCACUGAGCUCAACAGGGAACCAGAGAGAGACUCAUACGAGGAACUACCAGAGUCUGAGCUCAGUACAUGUACGAAGAUGCCAAGGAGCGAUAAACAUCACAAUAGAGAACUGGAACAAAUCUGUCUGCAUGACAGUGAAGAUUCAACAGACUCUGAGCUUUCUAAAAGCACCAAGACCUCGAGAAUAGACGUGCCUCACAAUCUUCCAUCUGAAAGUUCCGCAGUCUGGUUCUCAUCCCACUUGUCCAAGCUGGAUUCACAGCUGGCUCUGCUGCAGAACAUUGCCGACUGUUUGGAAAAGGACUUGCCCAUGUCCAAAAUGGCAAAGGAGUACCACAAGCCAAAAAAAGACUCCCCAGUCUCACCGCCGAAUGUGAAGCCUGCAAUAAGAAAAACAGUGAGACUGUCUCUUCCAGCAGAAAAGCCCAAAUCACAGCCAAAAUACACUCACAUCAGUGUGAGAAAGAACCCUCUUGAAAUCAGAGCCCCACAGCCUCAACCUCACGCUGCAUCAGAACCCGACAUCUGCAAGGAGGAAGAGGAGGACAAGGAAGAUGAUGUGUUCCGCAAUGUCUACCACAACCUUGAAAGAAAGCCCCAAGCUUCACAUCCAUCUUCCUCUCAGCUUCGUCACAUGCAGAACCUUUUGAAUCAAACGCCAACUGGAACAGUAGACACAUUUGAUGAGACAGGUAAUGACAGUCUGGACCAAACGGGAUUGUCCGAUACAGCAGAGAUCCUGGAAGGAUUGGUUCGAGAAGGUUAUAUAUCCCAGUCUGAUCUGGAAGCGUCUUUAUACUCACUUGACAGCAGGAAUGAGCAACAGGAUCCCAGUCGGCAGAUUUCUCCGAGGCGCGUGGAUCCAAAUGAGGAUGAUGAAAGACGGGAACUGAGAAUGUGGAUGAAAUGCAAGCAGAGGGAGAGACAUUCUGUGUAUCAAAAACAGAGAGCCAGCCUGCGUGAGAGGGAGCUCAAACCUUUCUCCAGGACAUCAAAAUCCACCAGCCAAGUGACCGGCAAGAAAAUCACACAGGAAAAGCAAAAGGCAAUUAUUUUGAAACAAUUCAACCAGAGGCUCCGCGACGCUACCUCAUUGGCAGAGAAACUUCAAACCAAGCCCUUUACCAGCUCUAAUAUUUUAGUCCUUGAUGUUCCCAUUCCAAGGUCCACGUCUGCUCCCCCUGCUGCUGGAAAUCACAGCAGAGACGAAAGUCUGAAGCGUCACUCGGGCCAAACGCAAGCCCAGCGGCGUCCUUGGACUGCCGAAGCACCUAGAAGACCGUCUGAGGACAGCGGGAGUACAGAGCUACAGCAAAGACCAGGGACCUCUCUUUCAAGAGUGCAUCCAAUCACCUCCGCCAGGGCCCGUGAAGACCAGCUUUUAACACACCCAGGAGAACUAAUUGACCAGCGGGACAGCGGCACCAGAGGAUCUGUGGCAGCUAUGGACUGGCUGGACAGACUGUCGGAGAGCGGAGGCAACCUCAGCGAGGUCGACUGGGCGGCCAUCGAGAGGAUGGCAACCGCGGAGGAGACAUCGUAA